ACAACCAACCAACCUUCCCCGGCUUUGAUCUUCACUGGAUAACAACACCAUCUCGAUUGCCUUUUGACAUCCGACAGCCACUCAACUCUCAUUGGCUAUCGCUGUUUAUAUACUACAAUGUCUUCACCCAGAUACAACCUCGACCAACAGUCGACACAAUCAUACUUCCCUGGAUCUACUGCAUCGCCAGCAAAGAAGCAAAGAAUGUCUCUCACACAAACAUACUACAUCGCCUCCACCGCAAGGAGCAAGCUUGGUCGUGAGGCUUCUCGCGCCGACCAUGACCUCAGACUCCUUGUUGGUCACGCCAACCUCCUCGACACACUCAUGAUCGAACUCCAAGACGCAGAGAGAGAACAAGAGGCUUGGUUCAACGAGUCAAUCAAGGCCAGCAAGCCUGAGCCUGCCACCCGCCACAUCCAAUGGAUCGACUCUAUCGCUGAGGAGCUUGAGGAGGACUCAUCAGACGAGGAGAGUGACGACGAGUCAUUCUACGACGAGGAUGACGACUUCGUCCGCGCCACACCAUCAACAUACUCUGUCUCGACUGUCGAGGUUGACGACGACGAGUUCGAAGAUUUCGAGUUCGAUGCCGAGCACGCGCUCACCCGAGUUGAUUCGCACCCACCAGAACUUGUCCAUGGAGAUUCGGAUUCAGAGGACGAGUCAAUGCCUCCUUCGCCCACACAAGAGGCAAUGGACCUCCAAGAAUCACAACACGCUCAACCUAUCAAGACAACACCCUAUUUGAACAAGAUGGACCAACAUGACUACCUCGGUGACAACAUUGUCAUUUCACAACGGCAAUCACCAAUGAUCAGCGCCUACUAGACGCUCUUCUCUCUUCACUGUCCAUCUUGUCCAGCGUUUCAGCGAUUCUCAUUCUCAAUUUCUCUUUUCUGUAUGGCAUCACGACUAGGAUAUCCCGGCCUUGGGCCACGGCGUUUCAUGAUCAUUUGGGGGCACCGGAAACAUCUCUUCUUUAUCUCAUCAUCUAAAGGGUCGAGCUAUGAGCUCCUCUUCUUACUAUCCAUCUACAGGCCUCAGUUGCCUUUUUUCUAAUCAAAACAUCUUCACAUCUUCAAACCACUUCCUCUUCCAUGUGUUCCAUGUGCCUGUCAAUCCUGUCCCUCCACACCUCGCCUAAGUGACUACAAACAUCCAUUGAUGAUCUGAUCAGGCUCUGCAAAGUGGAUUCCGAGCUGUCCGCCUUAACAACCUCGCUUGUAACCGCUGCCGGCUACCCGGCGAUGCAGGUUGCCGAGCUUAAGGUAAACUUUUUCCUAGAUCGCCUGGCGU